AUUUCUCGAAUUUCUCACGUUAACAAAAUAAUAAAAUAAAAAUAUGUUUCCAACCCUUUUCAGUUGAUUCAAUUGUUUUUCUUCCUCUCUCUCUCUCCCGAGUACACCGUUAAACCUCACCAGUGUUGUCCAUCUCGCCAUAACACAGCAGAAAUGGCGAGCCCAGAAGAAUCCAAGCUCGAGCGAUUUCUCCAGUGGCUAAAGUUUAAUGGAAUUGAGCUACGCGGCUGCAACAUCAAGUUAUGCGAUUCAGACAAAGGGUUUGGUCUUUUCGCAUCUGAUGAUGUCUCCGAUGGGGUUUUGCUUGUUGUUCCACUGGACUUGGCUAUAACUCCAAUGAGAGUACUACGAGAGCCUAUUAUAGGACCAGCAUGUAGAGCAAUGUUUGAGGAAGGGGAAGUAGACGACAGGUUUCUGAUGAUUUUGUUUCUAACCAUGGAAAUUGUUCAAAAGAAUUCUACAUGGAAGCCUUAUCUUGAUAUGCUUCCAACCACAUUUGGGAACCCACUUUGGUUCAGUGAUGAUGAGCUUUUGGAGCUGAAAGGCACCUCAUUGUAUCAUGCAACUGAUGUGCAGAAGAAAAACCUGCACGCAGUCUUUGAUGAUAAAGUGAAGAAUCUGGUGAAAAAGCUUUUGGCCCUCAAUGGAGAUACAGAAAGUGAAGUGUGUUUUGAAGACUUCCUCUGGGCAAAUUCCAUAUUUUGGAGUCGUGCUUUGAGUAUUCCUUUCCCACGUUCGUAUGUAUUUCCACAAGUGCAAGAUGACCAAGAGAACACCUUUUCAAGCUUUAACAAAAAUCAUGAGGCGUGUGUCAAUAAUAUUUCCAGUGAAGAAUUGGUUGAUGGAAAUGGAGUUGAGGUUUGUGGGAUGGAAGGCCAAAUCCCUGGAAUGACAGUCACUUCAAUACAAGGCGAGACUGUUUGGGUUGAGGGUCUCGUCCCUGGCAUCGAUUUUUGCAACCAUGAUUUAAGGGCUGCAGCAACUUGGGAAGUUGAUGGAACAGGAUUGACUACAGGAGUUCCUUGUUCUAUGUACCUGCUUUCUGCUGGACAAGAUCACCUCAAAAUCGAGAAAGAGAUAUCAAUUAACUAUGGUAACAAAGGAAAUGAGGAACUGUUAUACUUGUAUGGAUUUGUUAUUGAUGAUAAUCCAGAUGACUAUUUAAUGGUUAAUUAUCCUUUAGAGGCUAUUCAGAGCACCCCCUUCGCCGAGGCCAAAUUACAGCUUCUUGAAGCACAGGCUGAAUUGAGGUGCCUCUUACCUCAAAGCUUGCUGGAUCAUGGUUUUUUUCCAUUAUGUACCCCAGAAAAAGACGGCAAUGAUAAGAGCACUGUUGGUGGGGCUCAUAACUAUAGUUGGUGUGGCCAGCGGAAGAUGCCUUCUUACUUAAAUAAGCUUGUUUUUCCUGAGGAUUUCUUGACUGCCUUGAGGACCAUAGCCAUGCAGGAAGAAGAGGUUUAUCAGGCUACAUCAUUGCUGAAAGAGCUUGUUUCUGGUGAGGAGAGGCAACCAUCUGAUAUAGAAGUUCAAGCGGCAAUAUGGGAAGCUUGUGGGGAUUCUGGAGCUUUACAACUGCUUGUUGACCGUCUUAAUAUGAAGAUGAUGGAUCUCGAAGAGGGUUCUGGAACAGAGGACCAUGACACUGAACUGCUGGAGGGAACACGUGACCGACAAACUCAAGGAGAGUACAAAAGUUGUCAGACCAACGAGUUGAGCGAGUGCGAGACGAUGAGCAAAAACCGGCGAUCGAGCAUAGUAUAUCGACGAGGACAAAAGCAGCUGACCCGGCUGUUCUUGAGAGAAGCAGAGCAUGCCUUGCAGUUAGCUCUGAGUGAGGGGAACUAGAGCUACUUAUCCAUUGCUUACUCUUUGGUAGCUCUGGAGAUGAGUUUUGUAGUUUUAGAAGAAUUUUAGAACAAUAAUUCUCUUGCAUUUUGUCCUCACCACUCGGUUGGUGAUGAAGUAUAUUCUUGGUAUCUUGAGUUUGAAUGAUGGUUUCUUGGGUGAUGUUGGACAGAAUAGUAAAUUUUUGGAAUUAGUAUUGUUCGUUUUAUUUA